AUGGCGUCAUCAGUUGUUGCUAAGGUAAUGAGAGGAACAAUCAAAAGAGUUAAUACUCCUUUUAACCUUCAUCGUCAGAUGAGUGUGAUGGUGAACAAGAGAUCUAUGUCUUCUUCAUCCAUCGACAGCAGCCCUGGUACUUGUUCCUCAACCAAGUAUAAGUUUACAGAUCAUUUUCCUGACAGUGUGGUGAAUCAAAACGAUCCGCCUACGACUAAGAACAACUCUGAUACUGAUUGGUUGCAAGUCGACAUGCGAACCAAAAAUCAGACAAUAAACAGCGUACCUCAAUCCGGAUACGGAGGCAAGGCGCCGACAUCGACCAAAUCAGGGUCAUACGGAGAUGAUGAAAUUACUGAGAUCCAAAGGAAGAUGGAUUACAUGCCCAUGUUUAAAUGGAACGGCACAUUAUAUGGCUUUUGCGAUGGUUGUGCAGACGAAGACAGCGAUGGUAUGUAUGUCAAGAUGUUAGUCCCAGAUCUCGGGAGGGAAGAUAUAAAACAAGUGCAGGUAGAACAGAAACUCGUGGCAGUAGGUGAAUCUCCAGAUGUAUCCAGAACAUUGAAGAUGACUAUGAUAGUACAGGUGUUACAUGAGAAAGGAGAUGUCAAGAAAUACUCGACUCCAUUUUUUGUGAAGCCAGAAAAUUACGAAUUCAGUAAUGUUUCGGCAAAGGUUCAUCAUGGUGUGCUUAGGAUUUUCAUUCCAAAAGUUAAGCCAGCCAAAAUUGAGGAUCGUAUUUUUGAUGUGAACCCGGAGCAAUUAAGUUAG